AUGAAGGGGUUAAGGGAUGGGCCUGUGAAGACCUAUAUUUUCCGAGAGUACCCGAGUACUAUCGAAGCUGCGAUUACCCUCGCCAUGCAAGAGGAGUGUAGCCUGAGACAGGAUAAACUGCACACGAACGUGCCAUGCCCGCCUCGGCCGGCUGCUAAGACGGAAGGUCCUGAACCAAUGGAUCUUUCGUAUGCAUCGGCUGUCGGACAGCACAAGAAAAAGGGAAGCAACGUGCGAUGCUUCCGGUGCGGAAACAUGGGUCACUACGCACUCACGCGUGUCUACAAUGGACAGGCGGUAUUGAGGACUGCAGCCCUCAGUGAGAGGGAAUCGCACUGCAAAGUGCAAGAUGACAUGCCAAACCUUGUCAUCUUGAAGGUGACGUCGAUGACGAAGAGAGCGGACUCUCUUCGGGUGUUGGUAGACUCGGGCGCGUCGAACAACUUUGUUCGACAGCAAUGGCUACCAUUGUUGGACUUCGAGGAGAAGCAUGUGCCUCGAAGUCAGUUGGAAGUACGAUUGGCAACGGGUGCCAUCGUGAAGAUCGAGAAGCGCGUAAUUCGUGCACGCUUCUCGCAUAAACACCGGGUGUUUGUGGAAGUACUUCUCGUCCUGGACUUGGACGACAAGUUCGACAUGGUGUUGGGCAUGCCGUGGCUUGCACGGCAUGAUCCUAUUAUCGACUGGGAGAAGCACAGUGGCUCGCGCCGCUGUCUCCAGUCGUUGCGCAUGGAGCGCUUCGCAAAGGACCUUGAAGAUACUCUCAGUGCGGAGACGAAGAAGGAAAGCUUCGAGGAGCAGAGUUGGGACUCACUGAAGUCGAGUCCCUAUUACGAGAUUCUGCGAGAGCACAGAGAUGUGCUCCCGGACAAGAUCCCUGCGGAGCUUCCGUUGAACAAGGGAAUACAACACGAGAUUGAUCUCGUGCCGGGGACGAAGUAUUGCGUGGCCACUGCCGCGGGAGCAAGUGAAGGUGGUUGGCGCAUCGUUCAUUUGUACAAUAAGCUGGACGAUUCGGCGAUACCGGCACAGACGCCGAUACCUCGAAAAGAUGUUAUCAUCGAUUCGAUGUCCAAGAGCACCAUCUACAGUGCUCUUGAUCUGAGAGACGGGUUCUUCCCGAUCCUUAUGCGUGAGAGCGAUAUCCCUCUCACGGCGGUAAUCACUCCAAGCAAUGCGUCACGCAUCGAUUGCGCUCGGUGCGACUUCGCACCGAGCUACUUCGACGAUGUGUACGUUCACAGCCCGGCUGUGAACGAGAAGACGGACGUCGAGAUGCACAAGGAACAUCUCCGAGAAUUGCUUGGGCUCAUGCGCAAGCACAAGCUCUAUGCGAACCUGAAGAAGUGCAUCUUCGGUGCGAGCGAGAUACCCGUGCUAGGGUAUCUCAUAGGAAAGAUUGGCUACGUGGACAACUACGCAUGCAAGAUUCGCCCGCUAUCGCAGCUUCUGAAGAAGGAAGCUGCGUGGGACGUACUUGUGCAAACUGCUGAGUGUCAGCAGGAGUUCGAUGCAGUCAAGCUGGGCUUGACGGAAGCGCCGAUCUUGGCAGUGGCUGACCAAGAUCGGAUUUUCACCGCUGUAGACGGCAAUGCGGACCGCAUUGUCGUGCCGAAUGCUCCUGACCUUCGCAACAGGAUCAUGGACUUCUACUGGAACCACCAGUACAAGUGGGUGCGCAAGUACGUACGCUCCUCUGCAACCACUGCCGACUCCGUCGGAGUUUCGAUGGACUUCGUGUUUGGUCUUCCGCGCGAUUCCAGGCGGAAGACUGGUAUUGUGGUCUUUGUGGACCGCUUCAGCAAGAUGGUGCAUCUCGCUGCUGUCGCAGCGGAAGUGACCUCCGUACAGACGGCACGUCUGUUCGCCGACAUGGUGUUCAAGCACCAUGGCAUGCCUAACGACUUUGUGUCGGACCGCGACCCGCGCUUCACGGCGCUUUUCUGGCAAGAAAUGCUCACACUUCUUGGAACGCAGUUCUCCAUGUCGACUGCGGGCCAUCCGCAGACGGACGGGCAAACCGAGCGCGUGAACCGCGUGCUCGUGGACUUGCUGAAGAGCGAUUACUUGCCGAUGGCCGAGUUCGCCAUCAACAACGCGGUGCAUGCCUCAACAGGGCAUACACCGUUCUUCGUGAACGCCAUGCGGCAUCCACGCCUUCCAAGCACGCUCGGGGCGGUGGCUUCCUCCUUAACCCUCACACGACAAGGCGACGUGUCAGUACCGGGCACUGACACUGUGAAGAACAACGAGCAGGCGACACCUGCUUCGUCGAAGGACAACGUGUCUGUGCGGGGCACAGACACCGAGAAGACUCACGCACAAGCCGGCCCUGUUGCACGCACAAGUGAUGUAUCGAUGCCGGGCAUCGAUACUGAGAAGCUUCACGCACAGGCUGGGCCUGCUGCAAUCACACACGAAAUGUCAGUGCCGGGCACUGGCACCACAAAGAGCCACGCACAGUCUGGGACUGAUGUGAACACAAGUGGCGGGUAUGUGCAGGGCAUAGACGCGGACAAGGUCAAUGAUCUGGACCCGGGGUUCAGCUCUCAAGCAAUGGACUUUGACCAGGAACGACAAGCAGUCGUUCGAUUUGUACAAGAUGCAAUUGCAGUUUCUGCGGAUAGGCAGAAGCUGAACGCAGACAAUGUGGGCAGGGGCAUCACAAAUGAAUUCGAAGUUGGUUCAUUGUUUUGUUAG